CGAACUCGACGGAAGGUCUUCGCUGAUCGCACAUGCUUUUCGCCAUGUUUCAGACGAAUCUCGACGCGCUGUCCCACUUCGGCGGAUUCUCUCUUUUCUUGCGAUCACACCAACUGAAGUUCAAUAUAUCAUAAACGUCCCCUAUGUCGCGGUCUUAGCGCUGUACUCCAGGCGGUGUGUUAGCUACUAGGUAGUCUGGACCUACUCGUAACUGCCUUGCGCCUGAUCCCGGCGUGCCACUGUAGGAGACAACUUGAAGUGUGCCUCCCCAACAGCUCUCGUCAACAUUCCGCUCCCGAUCAUGUAUGCUCAGACAUAUUAUACAUUCCUUAUUUCCCGUUCCAAUCCCGCAUUCUACCGAGCUUCUCCUUCCUGCCGCAGGUACCACCAACCUGGGAACCAACCAUGACCACGGCCAGCCCAACAGCACGACACAUCCUCCUCCCUCCGGCCUGCCGCCUCGCUCCCGUGCCCGAGCCGCAACCCAUCAAGGGCCUCGAAGGCAUCCCGCCGAUCCGCGCCCAGUUCUUCUACGCCUCGCACAUCCCCAUCGACGACCCCCUCUCGGCCGCCACCAUCGCCGGCUCCUCCUCCGACUCGAAGCCGUCGAAUCUGCCUUUGCGGCCCUUCUCCGCGGGCGACAACGCCGCGCUCGAACGCGCCUGGCUCGGCUUCGCGACAGACCGCGACAGACGCAACCACACGCACGCGGCGCGCAACCGGAGCCCCAGCCCGGGUCUGUCGACGGAGAAUGCCGAGAAGCUGGCGGCCAUCGUGAACGCGCUGGCCGUUAAGCACAAGGAGAAGCAUGAUCGCGAGGGCCAGGCGCCGGGGUCCUCAGCGGCGGCCGGCGUGUCGCUACCUUCGGGCCCCCUCACGCCGCCGGAGCACGGGCGCGUGCCGGUAUGUUGUGCCGAGUUGGCCAUUGACGCGUCGGCUGAGCUGAGAAGAGAGUUUUGUGCCGUCACAAGGCGGAGGCAGCAGAGUCUGGACCAUGACCGCGUGCUGGAGGGCGUCAUGGCGCAGUUGGCUAGGCUGAGGAUGGACGUGGAGGGGACGCGGCCCGCCUCGGCCGCGGGGUUGUUGUCGGGGACGGGUCCGGCUGUGCAGGUUGUUGGGAGUGCCGGGUCGAGGUUGUCGAUGGCGUCUGCUGAGGGAGAGUUGGCGUCUAGCCUGCCUGUUGGCGGCUGCAUUCCGGCCAGACCACCAGUGUUGGAUGAUGGGAUUUCUGGCAAGCCGUUCGUGCGGGUUGAGCCGACGCCGAGGUCCAAUAGGUCGUCUGGAGUAGCCACCCCGGACGACAGAGCCGCAAGGACGGUUCCUAAGGGUAGGGCGAGGGGUGACAGUCGAGCGUCGGUACCUGUGCGGCCUAGCACGGGACGGCUGGAGGACUCGGUUGAGGUGCCUGUGGGCAUUUCGAGGCUACACAUGGUCUCGCUGCCAGUUCUCCAGAUGAAACCGAUUUACUGGUCUCCGGUGAACGACAUUGCCACUGUGUUGAGGGCGACGUGGUUCUACAGAGACACAAUGGUUCCUGUCGAACCCGUCGUCGCCAACCAGCUAGAGGCAGGCUACCGCGAGCUCAGACCUUGGACAGAAACGUGGGCGGAUGAACUCAGAUCUGCUCUCGAUGUCGGUCCGCUUGGUGAGGAGAAAGUAUCCCACCGUCUGUGGCCAGAGGUUGUCGACAAACGACAAAAAGGCAAACCCGGCUUGCCUCCUGAGCCGCCAAUAUCGACCGACCCGUUCUGUGCUGCCAGGUGUUUCCGUGGAGAAGCCGCUGCUGAAGGAUCUCUCGAGCCCGUUCAUUCAGAGCAAGACACGGCAUUGCCGCCUCCCGAGUCCAGGUUGUAUGCCAGCUACCAUGUCAUUUACAAAGACGGCACAAACGCCUUCCUCUUGAAGCCCAGCCAAAAGCCGUCCGCCUACUACGGCCGGAAGCCCGUCUCCAAGAUCAUGAGGGGGAUAACCGUUGGGCUACCCGUCGUACGAGGGUUUGAUCGUGCUGCAUGGGAAAGGGUGCACGAUAAACGGGCCGCAUCGCGCAGCAAGAGCAUGCCAGUUGGAACCCCAGCAGCGGAGUUGCUUCAAACCGCCGAGGAAGGCGGCUGCCCGGGCUGUCGGCUAGAGAAGGACCGCGGCCAGGUCACUGACCUGGUCCUGGUGGCACACGGCAUUGGCCAGAAGCUGUCCGAGCGUGUGGAGAGUUUCCACUUCACCCAUGCCGUCAAUGCCUUCCGGAGGGCUGUCAACGUCGAGCUUGAGAGCCCUGCCGUCAAAUCUGUCCUGCGGCCAGAGCAGAACGGUAUCAUGGUUUUACCGGUUAACUGGCGCCAUCUCGUAAGUUUCGAGGACGGCGGGUUAAGCACCGAGGAGGACAAAGCCGCCUACGCGCCCGACGGGUUCACUCUGAAGGACAUUGAGCCUCCUACCAUCCCGGCAGUGCGAGGCAUCGUCUCGGAUGUCAUGUUUGACGUGCCCUACUACAUGUCCCGCCACAAGCCAAAGAUGAUUGCCGCGCUAGUCAGCGAGGCAAACCGCGUCUACCGGCUCUGGUGCCGAAACAACCCCGGCUUCUCGGAAAAAGGCCGCGUCCAUCUGAUCGCGCACUCGCUCGGCAGCGCCAUGGCCAUCGAAGUCCUUUCCAGACAACCCACACGUGUCCCGCGCCCGCCCGACCCGUCCACCGCGUCCCCGGACACGCGGUUCUUCGAGUUCGACACCACCAACCUCUUCCUCCUCGGCAGUCCUGCAGGCUUCUUCCUCCUCCUCGAGCGCGGCGGCCUGGUCCCGCGCCGGGGCCGCCUCAAACCGGGCGCCGACGCGGCCGACACGGUAGCCAAGGAUGUGGUCGGCGACGUCGGCAUGUUCGGCUGCAUCGCCGUCGACAACAUCUACAACAUCCUCGCCAAGGAAGACCCCAUCGCCUACCUCCUCAACGGCACCAUCGACCCGGUCUACGCCGCCGGCCUCAGGACGGCCUAUGUGCCCGGCAUCAACACCUCUUUCCUCAAAUCCGUCGGCGACGCCGUACGCGGCCUCACCGGCACUGGCACCGGCACCGGCGGCGCUGCCCCGGCCGACGCCUCGCCGCAUAAACCACCCGUCGCCCGCCUGCCGUCGCAGCUCGAGCUGGAGGUGCAUGACUUCUCGCGCGAGGAGAUUGCCGAGAAGAAGGCCUUCCUGCUCAACGACAACGGACAGAUCGAUUACUACCUGCGGUCCGGCGGUGGGCCGCUCGAGAUCCAGUACCUGAACAUGCUGAGUGCCCAUACGAGCUACUGGACGAACCGGGACCUCAUUCGGCUGCUGUGUUUGGAAAUUGGGAGGCCGCCGGGCCGGGAGCAUGCACUUCACUCGAUGAGGGCUGUCAAGGUCAAGGGGCGGUUUACGCGCGGGCAGUAGGGCAUUUCUUUUUUUUUCUUUUCUUUUUGGUGGUGUUCUUUUCUUUUUGGUGGUGUUCUUUUCUUUUU